UACAAAUUUCAUCUGUAGUGUAGUAAGUGAAUUUUAAAGAUGCAGCGUUUAUUGGUUUUUGUUUUUAUAUUACAUGUUACCGAUGUUAACGCAUUGCAGUUAAAAAAUUUCAAAGUUGGUGAAUGUACAUAUGAGGGAGAACGUAAACUAUCUCCAGAACCAAGUCCAUGUUCAAGCUCCACGAAGUUAAGAACUGCUUUAACAGAUCGUGCUAGUCUAUGGGAUAAUGGACGAGUACCAUAUGUAUUUAACGGAACUUUUACAGAUCGUGAGAAAAAAACUAUGCAAAAAGUUAUGGAACUCUACCAACAUUACACAUGCAUUAAAUUUGUACCCAAAACAAAAAAUGACAAAUUUUAUGCAAUAAUUGUCAAUGACCGUGAUGAAUGUUGUUCUGAGCUUGGUAAGCUUCCUAGUGGUAGUAGACCUAGCGUAAUAACACUAGGUCCAAGUUGUUUUCAUGAAGAUGUAGCUGGAACUGUAAUACAUGAAUUCAUGCACCUUAUUGGAUUUUAUCAUGAAUUUGUCAGGUCCGAUAGAGAUAAUUAUAUUGAGGUUACUCCGCUAAACAUACUUCCAAAGCAUAGAAAGGAAUUUAAAAUAGAGAGUGGCAAUACGUUCAAUAUUCCCUACGACUAUGAUUCCAUCAUGCACUAUAGUGUUUAUCAGGCCGCUAUCCAAUAUCCCCUCAAGAGCUUUGUUGCAAAAGAUAAGAGUGUGAUGGAAUCCCGUAUGGGACAGAUAUGUGGAUUUAGUAAAGGUGACAUAACAAAAAUAAAUAUAGUGUAUAACUGCCCGCAAAAGACUGCCGACCUAAACCUUCAAGAUGAUGUUCUGUACGGGGUGGAUAUAUCAACUGUAGAAGUAAAAUAUGAAAUUUUAGAUAAAUGUGAGGUAUGCUGAGAACUAAUCUUUUAGAUUCUAGUUUAAGCUAAUUGGUUUAUAAUAAUUAAGGAAUCUCAUUGAUGCCAUUUUAAAUAAUGGAAUUUGUAUUUUCUGCUGAAGAAUUUGCACAAACAUUGUACCUUCACAGCACCCUCUACGAAUUUUCAAAAAUGUAGUUCAAAUGGUUACUAAGAGGAACCUACAAAUCCACUGACUUUAAAUAGGUACCGAAAAAGUAAUUUCAAACUAAUACAAUUUUCUGUAUCUCUUGAUCAACUUACUGGAUUUUGAUCUUCCUUUUUUUAAUCAGUAUGUAAUUUCUACGUACAUUACAAAUAUGCAAUUUGUUUAUAAAUUUAUUAAUUAAUAAACAGUCGAAUUUGUUUAAACCAUUCUUGAAAAUAUAUAUUUUCUCAAAA